CACAGUAAACUUUGUUUCAUAGUACGUCAUUCUGCUUUGUUGAUUUCUGCUAUUUAGAUGUUAUCCGGUGUAUUUAUAUUUGGCUUAGUGCAGAUACCGCUGUAAUUUCGUCCUUAAUGGUGUUAAGACCCUCGAUUGAGUAACGAGCAUGGAUUAUACUCUCGAUAAGAAGCUACAAGGUUUUAAACAAAUUGCUCAGGAAAAGCUUCAGGCCACCUUAUGUUCAAUUCCCAGUCAAAAAGAUCUCAUUAUAGAGCCAGCUCUGAUUAAACCUUUGGAGAGGGUUUGCGUAGCGUCAUGGAUUAAAUCGAAAGGCGUGAAAAAAAUCUACAAGCUCGAUGCAAAACAGUCGGUCCCGAAGACUGAAAACAGUCAAGUCUUCCUAAUCGGAGCAAACGCGAAAACGUUUAGAAUUGUUUUGGAACAAAUCCACGGUCAUGAAAGUGGAAAAAUUACCUCCACAACGCUUGGUCUUAGGAAUUAUCACAUCAUAAUUGUCCCAUUUGUACCCCAAAGCUUCCACACAAUGCUUGAGGAAGAAGGACUAUACGGAUUGGUUACUCUCCAUCGCUUCUCAUGGGAUUUCAUUUACUUAGAUGAAGGUGUUAUGAGUCUCGAAAUCCCACAAGUUUUCCCUGAUGUAUUCAUCUGUAAGGAUACAUCGUCACUGACUGCAAUAGCGCAUAGUUUUCGGCUCUUUGAUUUAGUUAUUGGGAAACCCGAUCUAAUCUUAAGUUACGGUGAGAACUCGGAGAAAAUUCUGAAUAUGGUCGAACGUUUAGAGAAAUCAAACGCCGAAUCGAAGCCUUCAGAUUUUAGUGCAAUGAUUAUCAUUGACCGUGAUAAAGACUAUCCCUCGUGCCUUCUUACGCCUGCUAUAUAUUCUGGACUCUUAUUGGAGGUUUUCAAAUACAAAUCCGGUGAACUUGAUAUUCAAGAAGAUUCAAAUCGGAUAGCGAAUGGGAAAAUACAAGUUUUGAGAGUACCUCCAGCCACACCUGUAAAAUCAGUUCCACCCACUGUGCUACGAAUGAACAGUUCCUACGAUGAAAUUUAUGCCGAGAAUCGGUACAAACAUUUCGCAGAAGCUAGCAAUCUCGUUCGAUCGCAAGCUAAAGCCUUGGGAGUGGAAGUGCAAAAUAUUAAUAAAAUGAAACUGAAUGAAAUGCAGGAUUACGUGUCAAAAAAGCUACCGAAAAUCACAGAAAUGAAGAACAAAAUCACCAAACAUUUGAAUGUUUGUGAACAAGUUAUAAACGAAUUAGCUGGAAAUUUCCAAAAACAACAAUCGCUGGAGGACGAUAUUUUGAACAACACAAACAGAAAGCGAGUCCUGACGCAAAUAGAUGAGAUCUUAACUAUCGAUGGACAUAAGUUCAACGUGAUUCGAAUGAUGUGCCUGGUUCACAUCGCGAUGUCUUUAUCGUCGGACGAGUUGUCUGUGUUCAUGCGAAACUACUGCAACGCUUUUGGUCACAAGUAUCUGUACAUUUUCCAUCGACUCGCCAAAGCGAACCUCUUGCCCGACUUAGAUGCAAUCAACAAAUCAAAACUGAGAGCCAACCUGCAGAUUCCCAUGUUUCAGCAAACAGAAUUUCAAAUAAACGCUAAUCGACUGAAACUUCUGGCAGCGACCCCUGAUAAAUCAACGCCCAACAAUGAAGCGCCAAAAGCUUGUGCCAGUUACGUUUUCAAUGGCCUUUACAUACCUUUAGCGGCUCAGAUAAUAUCAUUUCUCUUAAGAGCCCAAAAUUUUGAUGACUUUUGCUUGAAGAUGGGUGCGUUAGAAGGAGUGCAAAUGAGAUUGAAAGACUUAGCUGGACCGAAGGAAUUGAAGCAAAUACAACAAGCCCUCAAAAGGAAGGAAAUCACUGAUAAGCUCCCACUGCGACAUCGAACCAUUUUUGUGUUUGUCGUGGGUGGUAUUUCGUAUGCUGAAAUUUCCGCGUGCAAUCUAGUUAGUAAGAUAACCGGGUCGAAAAUCGUUGUGGCGUCGAAUUGUAUAUGGUCUGGAUCCGAUUUGAUUGCGUCCGCGUUUUGAUAUUGUCGUUUAUCACUAGCGAAAUAUGUUAACAAUGAUGUUAUGCUUGUUUUUGUGUAGUUAAGCCAAAUACGCUAUUAAAGUUGAAUUUUUCUAAGAAAAUAUAAA